AUGGAGUUUGAGGCUGAAGCGGUUGCCAAACUCAACGAGAAAGAGAUGAACACAAUAAGCAUCGAAUACAAGAUAGAGAUGAGCAAAGUAAGAGGUGUUGUGGAGAAUGCUACAAAGAUCCUAGAGAUCAAGAAAACGUUUGGGUCACUAGAGAGAUACCUUUGGGGGUUUGUGAACCACAAGCCCAUCUCCACGAACUACAAGCUAGGACACAAGAUUCCUGUCAAGACAUCGAAGUCGGAGAGUAUAAGCAAAGAUAUGAUCCGUCGAGGCUUCCGGUUCGUGGGUCCUACUGUGAUUCACUCCUUCAUGCAAGCUGCUGGUUUAACCAAUGACCACUUGAUCACUUGUUACCGUCACACUCCUUGCACUCUCCUCACUACUAAUCUCUAA